AUGGGGGUUCAUGGCCUCUGGCACUACCUCAGCGACCACGGCCUCUGCUCAGCCCCUUCCGGUGGGCAGGGCGACGCCCCCAUCCUCGCGGCGGACCACUUGCUCUUCGACAUGAACGCCGUCGUGCACAGCGUCAUACGGGGAUCGGCCUUCACGUCGCGGAAAACCAUCGGGGAGGUGGCGGCUGCCGUGCGGCGCCUCAUGCAGCGGUUUCCACCGCGCAAGACGCUUGUGCUCGUCUUCGACGGUGCCGCGCCAGUGGCGAAGCUGAAGGUGCAAAAAGAGCGGCGCGCCUCCAUGCCUAGCCCGCAGAGGCCGUUGGAGCCUCCUCCCGCGGCGACCUCCGCAAGAUACAACUACGACUACGAAGGGACGGAGGUACCGCUCGUGCGGGAGGAGGUUGUCGCAGGCUCGGAGUUUCUGCUGGCGUGCGAAGACGCCCUGAGGAAGUCGCUGGUGCCGGGUGACGGCGGGCGUGUGCCGGCGGGAGUUCCAGCUGGGUGUGCGGUCGUGGUCAGUGGCUGCGAGGACGCAGGCGAGGGCGAGCUAAAGAUAUCCUCCAUCCUCCGUGCGCUGUGGCUGGAGCAGCGGCGCAAGGAGGCGUACACGGGCGAUGACGUGAUCGUCGUCGUCGGCAAUGACUCGGACCUGGCGUUGGUGGGCAUCGCCUGCACGCCGUACUCGCACUACUACAUGGUAGACCCCGCGGACUGCACCAUCACCGCGAUUGCCGAGCUUUAUGCGCAUUGGAGAAAAGGCGCCGCAAACGGGCUUCUGCCGCUGGAGCUGCUACCAUCCUACCGCAUAGACUUUGUGUUUCUCAAGCUGCUCAGCGGUGGUGACUGGUACGAAGGCAUUGCUGGGGGCAGCAAACAUCUCUGGCGCCGGUACCGCGAGCUGCGUGGCAACGGUGGCUACUUUAGAAGAUCGCUCAUACGUGGCGAAGACUUUACGGUGGAUGUUGAGUUUCUCCGCGCCGUGAUGAAUGUGAAGGCUUCCCCGCAUCACGCGCUGCGUCAGUCAAAGAUCAAGCAGGCCACGCAGCGAGGAGGCGCAUGCCUCUCCCAAGGCGCCGUGGAGAACGGCGUGGAGCUGUUGAAAGGGGCCAUGUGGGCCCUGAAGUCGAUCCUGCUUGGCCAGUGCUUCGACUACGACUUCCGCGUGUUCACGAAGGCCCCCACGCUGGGGAUGCUGAGGGCAGCCAGCGGCGUAAAGAGGGUGGCUGAGCGUAUCCGCCCCAGCUCCACCGCCCCGCUGCCCCUCUUCUCGCCCCUGGAGCAGUGCCUGGCGGUGAUGGGGAACCGCGGCCGGUACUCGGCGGAGCUGCUGCGGGCGCUGGCCACCGCGUGCCCGGACGGCGGGGAGCGGCUGACGCGGUCGCAGUCCGUGUCGUACCUGAAGUCCGAGGUCCGGCGACUGAUGGGCGCCGUGGAUCGCGACAAACUCACCGCGGGUGAGCGCGGGUUGCUGCAGCUGCGGCAUGCCGACUUUUUGAACGGGGGCUGCGUUCUGCAGGGGACGGUGACGUGCAUGAGCCACACGUACGGCCCCGCCUCGUGCAGCUGA